AUGGUGAGACAACAACCUCCACUGCAGGCGGCCAACGCCACGGCACCCCAGGAGAAGACCAAGAGCCCGGUCCCAGUCCGCGGUGGAGGUGGUGGGGCAGGGAAGGGCAAGGCCAGGGUCAAGAAGGGCAAAGGAGGCAAGGCCAAACCUGAACCUCCGGAAGAGACGGACCCCAGGAAGCUGGAGCUACGCAACUGGGUGAACUCUCUGGAGCAGGCCAUGAUGGAUGCCCUGGUGCUGGACAGGGUGGACUUCGUCAAGCUGCUGAUAGAGAACGGUGUCAACAUCCACCACUUCCUCACCAUCCCUCGUCUGGAGGAACUCUACAACACGGGAAAUCUUCCACCGGAUUACCAGAUCACCUUGAUCGAUAUCGGAUUGGUCCUGGAGUUCCUGAUGGGCGGGGCUUAUCGCUGUAACUACACCAGGAAACAGUUCCGCACCCUCUACAACAACCUCUACGGUUUAAAAAGAGACGACGAGCCUGGAGGAACAGGCAAGAGUAAAGGGAAGAAGAAGAAGAAGAAGAAAGAGGAAGAGAUCGACAUCGAUGUGGACGACCCGGAGGUCAGCCGCUUCCAGUACCCGUUCCAUGAGCUGAUGGUGUGGGCCGUUCUCAUGAAGCGUCAGAAGAUGGCUCUGUUCCUGUGGAAGAGGGGGGAAGAGGCCAUGGCCAAAGCUCUGGUGGCCUGUAAGCUGUACAAGGCCAUGGCCCACGAGUCGUCUCAGAGUGAACUGGUGGACGACAUCUUCCAGGACCUGGAAAACAAUUCCAAAGAGUUUGGCCAGCUGGCCUACGAGCUCCUAGACCAGUCCUAUAAGCACGAUGAGCAGGUGGCCAUGAAACUACUGACCUAUCAGCUAAAGAACUGGAGCAACUCUACCUGCCUGAAACUGGCUGUAGCGGCCAAGCACAGAGACUUUAUCGCCCACACCUGCAGUCAGAUGCUGCUCACUGAUAUGUGGAUGGGAUGUCUGAGAAUGGGCAAGAGGAACGGGUUCAAGGUGAUAUUUGGCAUAAUUUUCCCACCUUCGAUUCUCCUCAUGGAUUUUCGACUCGGGGAGGAAGUGACAUGUCAAGCCCCAGCGGAGAACGAAGAAGCGAAGGACAAAGACGACGACAAUAAAUCCAGCAAGAUCUCCUACCUGGCCUACCUGUGUUUGUACAACUACAUCAUCCUGGUCAAGAUGGAACGCUGGCCGUCCCUGCAGGAGUGGAUCGUCAUCUCUUACAUCAUCACUCUGGGAAUGGAGAAAGUCAGACAGAUCCUGAUGUCAGAGCCGGGCAAGCUGAAGCAGAAGAUCAAUGUUUGGGCCGAAGAGUACUGGAACAUCACAGACGCGGCGGCCAUCUUUACCUUCCUCCUGGGCCUGAUGCUGAGGCUGCAGAGCGAGCCCCUGUUGGGCAUCGGACGGGUCAUCUACUGCGUGGACAUCAUCUUCUGGUACAUCAGGGUGCUCGACAUCUUCGGGGUCAACAAGUACCUGGGACCCUACGUCAUGAUGAUCGGGAAAAUGAUGAUUGACAUGUUGUACUUCGUGGUGAUCAUGCUGGUGGUGUUGAUGAGUUUCGGCGUGGCGCGGCAGGCCAUCCUGCACCCUGAUGAGAUCCCAACAUGGCGUCUGGCCAGGAACAUCUUCUACAUGCCUUACUGGAUGAUCUAUGGGGAAGUGUUCGCUGACUCCAUAGACCGUAAGAGUAGCAUUAAUAGUAAGAUUCUGUUUCCUGUUUCAUGGGUGGAUGAUCAAUUCAAUCCUAAUCCCAUGAUGGUUGUGAUGGUGGUGUGUUGUCGUAGUCUCAAUCCCAGAGGAACAAACCUUGUGUUCUGGUCCUAAUCUCUGUAGUCUCAUUCCCAGUGGAACAAACCUGGUGUUCUGGUCCUAAUCUCUGUAGUCUCAUUCCCAGUGGAACAAACCUGGUGUUCUGGUCCUAAUCUCUGUAGUCUCAUUCCCAGUGGAACAAACCUGGUGUUCUGGUCCUAAUCUCUGUAGUCUCAUUCCCAGUGGAACAAACCUGGUGUUCUGGUCCUAAUCUCUGUAGUCUCAUUCCCAGUGGAACAAACCUGGUGUUCUGGUCCUAAUCUCUGUAGUCUCAUUCCCAGUGGAACAAACCUGGUGUUCUGGUCCUUAUCUCUGUAGUCUCAUUCCCAGUGGAACAAACCUGGUGUUCUGGUCCUAAUCUCUGUAGUCUCAUUCCCAGAGGAACAAACCUGGUGU